AUAUUUAUGAGGCACUCAGACAGAAUUCAGGUUUUAACAAACAAAGUUAUAUUUACUGCAGUAAAGUGUCAGACUGCAGGAAACCACAGACGAAGAAGGUGUCGUCAUUUCCGGUGUUUCCGUAUCGCGUGCUGGCGGGAACCAGCGGUCGGGAAACAUGUCUCGGGUUCUGAACGGGAUCGUGGCGGUGUGUCCGGACCUGGGUAUCGGCAAGAACGGAAACCUUCCCUGGUUUCCGGUUCGGCUCAGUAAUGAAUUCGCUUAUUUCCGGAGGAUGACGGCCACUCCUUCAGUUUCAGGUAAGAAGAAUGUGGUAAUCAUGGGUAGGAAGACCUGGUUCUCUAUCCCAGAGAAGAACCGACCUCUGAAGGACCGGAUCAACAUCAUCCUGAGCAGGAACUUAAAAGCGCCCCCUGCAGGAGCACACCACCUGGCUGCAGACUUCAGCUCAGCUCUCAGGCUGGUGGACUCAGAGUUGUCGGAGCAGGCAGAUCAGGUCUGGGUCAUCGGAGGAAGCUCUCUCUACAAGGAGCUGAUGGAGAGCCCAGGAACAAAAAGACUGUUUGUGACUCGGAUCCUGAAGCAGUUUGACUGUGACACCUUCCUCCCUGAGAUCAGUCCUGAUAAAUACUGUCAGAUACCAGAGUUUCCAGGGGUUCCUCAGGAGCUGCAGGAGGAGAACGGAAUCCAGUACAGAUUUGAAGUUUAUGAAAGUUUGGAUCACUGAGUGUGUCAUCAUAAAAUAAUGUGUUUGUCAUGUUUGCAACUGUUUCUAUGGAAAUAAACACUAUUUCUUUACUUGUU